AUGUUCACUUGCUACACUCCAGAGGCCUCCUUCCAGCUGAAGACAGGCUGGGACAUUCAGACUGAAGCAGCCUUUAAAGGCCAAGCUGCCACCCUGCAGCUAUGGGAUCGUCAGAAAAUGUCUAAAGUGGUAAUUGUCGGAGAUCUCGAUGUCGGACAGACCAGCCUCAUUAAAAGAUUUUGUAAAGGUGUCUUUGAAAGAGACUACAAAGCCACGAUAGGAGUGGAUUUUGAGAUUGAGAGGUUUCAGAUAUUGGGAGUACCUUUCUCCCUUCACAUCUGGGAUACAGCAGGGCAAGAAAAAUUCAAAUGCAUUGCAUUUGCAUACUAUAGAGGCGCUCAAGUGAUUAUCACAGUGUUUGACAUGGCAGAUAUUCAAUCCUUGAAUCAUGCAUGGUAA